GGGAAAAAAUGGCAUUCCAGAAGAAAAAUGUUAACUCCAACUUUCCAUUUCACGAUCUUAGUAGAUUUCCUUGAGGUGAUGAUUGAACAAGCCAAUAUCCUUGUUCAAAAUCUUGAACAACAUCUGGACAAAGAUCCAUUCAACUGCAGUUUAUACAUUGUAUUAUGCACCCUUGAUAUAAUCUGUGAAACAGCUAUGGGCAAAAAUAUUGGUGCACAAAAGAACAAAAAUUCAGAUUAUGUUAAAGCUGUCCAAAGUAUGAGUGAUUUAAUUCAUCAUAGACAGAGAUCACCAUGGCUUUGGCCCAACCUUUUGUACAAUAUAUCUGGAAAAGGAAGGCAACAUUACAUGAACCUGAAGAUACUUCAUAGCUUUACAGAUAAAGUUAUUGAAGAAAAACUGUGCAAAAUAAAGCAACAGGAGCAAUAUCCAAAGGGUGCUGCCAGCAACAAUCACCUGGGAAAGAACAAAGAAAGGAAAGCUUUCCUUGAUAUGCUUCUGAAUGCCAGAGAUGAAGACGGGAAGAAGUUGAGUUACAGUGGUAUACGAGAGGAAGUGGAUACAUUUAUGUUUGAGGGUCAUGAUACCACUGCUGUUGCCUUGAACUGGGCUAUUUACUUACUUGCAAGUCAUCCAGAAAUUCAAAGAAAAGUUCACAGUGAACUGGAUGAAGUUUUUGGUGAUUCUGAUCAUCACAUCACAAUGGAAGAUUUAAAAAAACUGCGAUAUCUGGAGUGUGUCAUUAAAGAAGCACUUCGUCUUUUCCCUUCUGUUCCAAUGUUUGCCCGUACUCUGAAGGAGGAAUGCUAUAUUAGAGGAUAUAAGAUACCAAAAGGGAUGGAUAUCAUGAUUCUGCCAUAUGCAUUGCAUAGAGACCCUGACAAUUUUCCAGAGCCAGAGAAAUUCAGACCAGAGCGUUUUUUUCCUGAGAAUUCCGCUGGGCGACACCCAUAUUCUUAUAUCCCUUUUUCUGCUGGGCCCAGGAAUUGCAUUGGUCAACGCUUUGCCCUGGUAGAAGAAAAGGUAAUUUUAGCAACCAUAUUGCGACAUUUUUGGAUUGAAACUAAGCAGAAAUAUGAGGAUGUUGGUAUGGUUGCAGAACUGAUUCUUCGUCCAAGCAAAGGCAUCUGGAUUCAACUAAAAAAGAGACCAACUCCUAGCUCUUAGUAUAAGAAACUACAGGAGUAGUACAUUCUAUCAUUUCAUCAAUAAAAACCAUGGAUUUUGAUGGAUGGACAAUAAGGAUGACUGGUAAUGAAGAAAGUAACUUGCUAAUCCAUAUAUACAUAUGGCUAUAUAACAGCAUAGUAAUAUAACAAUUGUCAAGGAUGUUAUGUUAAACCUACUACUGCCAUGUUAGAUUGUUGGUUCUGCUCAUGAAGUUUCUCAUUAAAGGUUCAUGAUGAAAGUUAGGAGUCCUAAAGAAAGCAAAGAGUAGGAAUAAAUGGGAAAUUUCAUAGGGGUGAUAUAAGAAAUGGAGUUCCUCAAGGAUUUCUGCUGCAGUCAAUGCUUUUUAACUUGUUAAUAAAUAACUUGACUUAGAGGUAAGAGCUAGUCAUGUACAAACUGUAUAAUACUGCCAAUAAAAAAGAAUACUAUUGAUAAAAUACUGUUAAUCAAAUAAUAUAUAUUUGAGUGUAUGUAUGUAUAUACACACACAUACACCACACACUAAUAUAUAUAUAGUAAAUAUAUAUGUAGUAGAUCUAUCAAUAGUAAUAGUUUAUGUAUAAUUAUUGAAAAUCAGUUCUGAAGAGUUGCUGAAGUCUUUAAAGUCACUAAAUUCAGUGAAAUGACAAGAAAAGCUUCAGGACCUGAAUGACUCAUGAAAUUAAUGCAAUGUAUAUAGUCAUUACAUUAGUGCAAAAGUGCAUUAAUUCAGUAUCCAUUAAAGAUUUUGAACCCAUACAGAAAAUCUGACUUUCGAAGCCUUAAUUUCCAAAUAAGGAUGAAUACAAUAAUGUGCUGCAUCCUUGUGACCAGUGACUUCAGUCUUAAGUAUAAAAUAAUUAACUUGGAUAAAAAAAACUUUAAUUUUGUGUGCUGAUUGGAUCAAUGAACGUAUUCUGCAACUAUU